AUGAAGGACCCUCGCGCAUCGAAGCGCAGACGUGUCUCUGGAGACGCCGAUGGAGACAUUGAAAUGGGCGACGAAAAUGACGUAUAUUCUGGACCCUCAUCACCCAACGACAGAACAUCUCCGACGCCCGUCAAAAGCGCAUCGCGGCGCCAGUCUACCCGCGCGAGCGAUCUCACCGAGCCAGUGGAUCAGAACGAGAAGCAGGAGCAACAAACGCCCGCGCGGGCAGGGACGCGGACAAGUGGACGGACACGCAAAACCCCCAAACGUUUUGAAGACGAAGCGGUGACGCCCUCAAGGAGAAAAUCAACCACCACCCCUUCAAAAAGCGCCCGGACACCGCGAAGUGCAGCAAAGCCGAAGCAGUCACCCGCGGAAGACAAAGAGGGCAUUCACGAAGAGGAAGCAGAGGACGAGGAGGAUGAUGAGCCUGAAUUCAAAGACGAAGAGGAGGACGAUGAUGACGACGAGGACGAGGACGAGGACGACAUGGACGUGGACGAGCCGUCUCCGGAGCCCGCUCGCCGCUCAGUCACCCGGACGAAGUCUAAGAGGAGUGUCGCAAAGCCAAAACCAAGGACCACCAGGAAGGCAGCGGAGCGGAAAAAAGAAAAAUCACCCUCGCCCGAAUAUCAGGAUGGCCUGGAUGAUCUUGUUGCGAUGCAACUCCAACAGGGUCUUCCCCAAGCUGCGCUGGAGACGCACGAGGCACCUGAGGUCGCUGAGCCGCUCCCAGAAUAUGCCGAAAAGUUCCAAUCGCUCUGCCAGGCGGGUCUAGGGGAUGAAAUUCGAGUUCUCUCGACCACCGUUCUUGAGAAGCUGUCGGGGAGUCGUCGGAUUCCUAUUCGCGGUCUCCAAGCUGAGUAUCAAAAAGUCCACCAGCUCAUCGAGCAAACGGUUUCAGUCGGCGAGGGAAAUUCUAUGCUCCUUCUUGGAUCCAGAGGAUGUGGAAAGACGGCAAUUGUAGAAUCCAUCAUUUCCUCCCUGAGAAAGGAGCAUGAUAACGAGUUCCACGUCGUCCGUCUCAACGGGUUUCUGCACACAGAUGACCGCUUGGCUCUGCGUGAGAUGUGGCGCCAGCUCGGUCGCGAGAUGCACACCGAGGAUGACGCAGCUAAGGUCAGCUCCUACGCGGAUACCAUGGCCACGCUUCUGGCAUUGCUGUCUCACCCCGAGGAGCUAUUUGGAAGCUCUGGAGACACAGGGUCAAAGACCGCUGCGAAAUCUAUUGUCAUUCUGCUGGACGAGUUUGACCUAUUCGUCACCCACCCGCGGCAAACCCUGCUGUACAACCUUUUCGAUAUUGCACAAGCUCGCAAGGCCCCCAUUGCAGUCAUUGGGUUAACAACCAAAGUCGAUGUGACUGAGAUGCUUGAGAAGCGUGUCAAGAGUCGUUUCAGUCAUCGGUAUACUUAUGUCCCCUUACCACGGUCAUUCGAGGACUUUGCAGAGAUAUGCCAAGGAAGCCUGGACCUCGACGACACCGAAUUGGCGGAUAUUGCACAUGAGCUGGGUGAUGAGCGUGGUCUUGUAAAGUCUAGUCGAUGGACAACGCUGCUCGCGGGAUGGAAGGAGUACUUGGGUCACAUGUGGAAUGAUCAAGAAUUCCAAUUCCACCUGAAGCAGAUCUACCACCAAACCAAGUCUGUGAAGGAGUUCCUCGCCAGCGCCUUGCUACCAAUGAGCGACUUCCUACACAGCGUGAUGGAAGCAGAUGCUGCAACCCCGAAGGUUCCGACGCCCAAAUCGUUCUCCUCUCAAACCCUCUCGUGUCCCGACCCCCCGCCUCUCCCCUUCUCUACAACUAUCACAUCGUCUAGUCCCUCCUCGUUGCCCCUGGCCUUACUAGUAGCGGCGACGCGGUUGGCAGCGUUAUUCGACCCCGGAAAUGACGGGGUCCAGAACCAGAGCAUGGGACCUCUUGCGCUCUCUUUCCCUGCCGCCUAUGCCGAAUAUGUUCGCCUUCUGACUUCUGCCAAGACCUCUGCCUCGGUUUCCGGAGCCGCUGCCACCCCAGGUCGUGUCUGGGGUCGAGACGUCGCCCGCGAGUCCUGGGAGAAGCUCCUCAGCUGGGGACUUGUCACGCCAGUUGGCAGUGGCAACGGCACAGCCGAUGGUCAAAUGUUCCGCGUGGAAAUCAGUUUCGAGGAGGUCAUCGAAGUGGCCGGCUCGGGAGGUUCCCUAGGCCAAUGGUGGCGGGAGUAA